AUGGCGGCUCGGGCAGAAUACUUCCUUGUCGCUGUUGUACUUUACGUGAUCACACCCACAGUGUGCGCUCAGCAAGGUAUCCCAUUGGCUCACCGGUUGCCCGGCGUAUACCAACCCAUUGGGGUACAGGAUGACACAAUCAUCAAAGAUGAUCAUGUGACAGCUUCAUCCCAAGUAAACGGAUCCGAGGCGUACAGGGGCCGCUUGAACGGUGAUGGUGCAUGGCAGCCGUCAGGACAAGGUACAAAUGAGUUCCUGGCGGUGGAUCUAAUGUACAAUCGUUACAUCUUUGGCAUCCAAACCCAGGGACAGGGAAAUGGCUACGUGGAGACCUACAGAAUCCUAUACCAGGUGGACAACACAACAGAUCUAGUUGGGAGCGCAAAGAUCUUCAGCGGCAACAGUGAUAACGAAACUAUCGUCCAACAAAACUUCACCUCUUACAUCUACGCCCGGUAUAUCCACGUCAACCCGCAAACUUUCUCUGGCGCUCCACGCCUGAGGAUAGAGUUACUCGGAGUGGAUGAACUACCAACAACGAUCUCCCCGGUAACGACUCCUGUCGUCACAACUCUUUCAACACCUUCUUCAACACAACCACAAAGUACCACAGAGGCUGAGACGUCAUCUGGCGUGUACCAACCCAUUGGGAUACAGGAUGACACAAUCAUCUCUGAUGCUCUGAUGACAGCUACAUCCCAAGUAAGCGGAUCCGAGGCGUACAGGGGCCGCUUGAACGGUGAUGGUGCAUGGCAGCCGUCAGGACAAGGUACUGAGUUCCUGGCGGUGGAUCUAGAGUACAAACGUUACAUCUUUGGCAUCCAGACCCAGGGACAGGAAAAUGGCUACGUGGAGACCUACAGGAUCAUAUACCAGGUGGACAACACAACGGGUCUAGUUGGGUACUCGGAAGAUGGUGGGAGCGCCAAGAUCUUUAGCGGCAACAGCGACAACGAAACUAUCGUCCAACAUAACUUCACCUCGUACAUCUACGCCCGGUAUAUCCUCGUCAUUCCGCAAACUUUCUCCGGCGCUCCACGACUGAGGAUAGAGUUACUUGGAGUGGAUGAACUACCAACAACAAUCUCCCCGGUAACGACUCCUCUCGUCACCACUCUUUCAACACCCUCUUCAACACAACCACAAAGUACCACAGCGAAGUCAUCUGGCGUGUACCAACCAAUAGGUGUAGAAGACAACAGCAUUAUCACAAUUGGUCAAAUGACAUCCUCAUCUGAAGUAACCGGAUCCGAGGCGUACAGGGGCCGCUUGAACGGUGAUGGUGCAUGGGAGCCGACAGGACAAGGUACAAAUGAAUUCCUGGCGGUGGAUCUACAGCACAAUCGUUACAUCUUUGGCAUCCAGACCCAGGGACAGGGAGAUGGCUACGUGGAGACCUACAGGAUCAUAUACCAGGUGGACAACACAUCGGAUCUAGUUCUGUACUCGGAAGAUGGUGGGAACGCCAAGAUCUUCAGCGGCAACAGCGACAACGAAACUAUUGUCCAACAAAACUUCACCUCGUACAUCUACGCCCGGUAUAUCCUCGUCAACCCGCAAACGUGGUCCGGUGCUCCACGACUGAGGAUAGAGUUACUUGGAGUGGAUGAACUACCAACAACAAUCUCCCCGGUAACGACUCCUCUCGUCACCACUCUUUCAACACCCUCUUCAACACAACCACAAAGUACCACAGCGAAGUCAUCUGGCGUGUACCAACCAAUAGGUGUAGAAGACAACAGCAUUAUCAGAAAUGGUCAAAUGACAUCCUCAUCUGAAGUAACCGGAUCCGAGGCGUACAGGGGCCGCUUGAACGGUGAUGGUGCAUGGCAGCCGUCAGAACAAGGUACAAAUGAGUUCCUGGCGGUGAAUCUACAGUACAAACGUUACAUCUUUGGCAUCCAGACCCAGGGACAGGGAAGUGGCUACGUGGAGACCUACAGGAUCAUAUACCAGGUGGACAACACAACGGGUCUAGUUGGGUACUCGGAAGAUGGUGGGAGCGCCAAGAUCUUUAGCGGCAACAGCGACAACGAAACUAUCGUCCAACAAAACUUCACCUCGUACAUCUACGCCCGGUAUAUCCUCGUCAACCCGCAAACUUUCUACGGCGCUCCACGACUAAGGAUAGAGUUACUUGGAGUGGAUGAGCUACCAACAACAAUCUCCCCGUUAAGAACUACACUAGUCACAACUCUUUCAACGUCGUCAUCAACACAACAACAACGUACCACGGAGGCUGAGACGUCAUCUGACGUGUACCAACCCAUCGGGGUACAGGACGAUACAAUCAUCCCAGAUGAUCUGAUGACAGCUUCAUCCCAAGUAACCGGAUCCGAGGCGUACAGGGGCCGCUUGAACGGUGAUGGUGCAUGGCAGCCGUCAGGACAAGGUACAAAUGAGUUCCUGGCUGUAAGUUUAAUGUACAAUCACUACAUCUUUGGCAUCCAGACCCAGGGACAGGGAGAUGGCUACGUGGAGACCUACAGGAUCAUAUACCAGGUGGACAACGGAACAGAUCUAGUUCUGUACUCGGAAGAUGGUGGUGAUGCCAAGAAAUGA